AUGGGUUUUUUUUACAGUGGUUUUCAUAAACCAAAUAAGAAAAAUAUAAAAGAUAAAAGAGCAAAGAUAACAUAUGUAUUAGGUUUAUUCCUUUUACCAUCUAUUAUGACAUUUAUAGGAGGUAAUUACUAUAUCUUAAAUUUUUUCAUAGAUACAUUUAAACCAAUUGAAGUUCCAAGAGAAGCAGACUUUGAAAUUAUAAGAAGCAUUUAUCACAACAAAAAACCAAAGUCAAAAAGUUCAGAUUAUGAUGAAAAUACUAAUUUAUAA